GCGAGAUCAGGUGCGACGAUUCUAGCUAAUGAAGGCAGAUACGCGUGUGAUAAACGGGCCAUAGAGAUAGAUAGAGGAUUCAUAUUUGAAUCUGUGCCAUUAUAGCGUCUGCGAGAGCAUGGGUAGCGCCAUUGAGGCCAUCUCCAUUUAAAGCAGUUUAUUUUUCUUCUUCUUCAUUGGCUGAUUGCUCCCAACUAAUAGGAAUCCCAAACUAGUUGACUACUUCAAAAUGGUGGAAGCCCUCAAUGGCAAUGUCCAUGCUAAAAUAUAUAAGUAGAUAUCCAGAUAUAAAGUCGUUUUUUUCAAAGUUGGCAAAAUGCCACGUGCGUCCACUUAUAUCCGUGCAUUCAUAACAACCUCACCAUUACGAAACUUCUAUUCAAUCAAGUAAGCUCCAUGUAGCAAAUUUGCAAUAACAUUUUUUGUUGACCAAAUUCGACACUCUCAUUGACCUCCAUAUUUAUUUCGUGGGUUGAUUUUCGUGGGCAGAUUUGGGGUGGAGCAAAACCUCUUCCUCUCUGACUAUACAGGUAGCGAUGGGAAUUGUUCCAACGCAGCAGAGGUUUCGACAACUGUAGGCUACAAAAUGAGAUGUGAUAUUUGUUGAGAUAAGAAAUAUUAAUGUAAUUCAAGAAACCACCUCUUGUGUCAGCAUUUUAACCACGAGUCCAGUGGAUUCGUGCUUCACCUAGGGCCCACCAUCACUGUCUGUGAGGUUAGGGGCAAGAUGUGGGGAGAAGUUGGAGGGCAUUGGUGUUGUUGCUGCUUUCUGAAGUCUUGGACUGCAUUGGUAUCUCUCCCCCAGGGAAACCUGUGCUCAUCAACUGUAGAUCCCCUGAGAAGGAGACCUUUACAUGCCGGUGGGACCCUGGUUUUGAUGGAGGACUACCCACAACCCACCACCUCUAUUACCAGAAAGAAGACUCCGAUGGAAUGUACGAGUGUCCAGAUUACCAAGCUGCAGGGAGCAACUCGUGCUUCUUCAACAAGAGCCACACCUCUAUAUGGGUCAACUACAACAUCACAGUGGUGGCCAUCAACUCUCUGGGCAGCACUGUCUCUGACCCGCUGGAGGUGGAUGUUAUGUAUAUUGGAGUAUGCCUCAGGGAAGCAGACCCAGCUGAUCAUCUACAGUCUGCAUCCAGGAAAGGUCUACAUGGUCCAGCUUCGCUGUAAACUAGACCAUAGCCUCUGGAGCGAGUGGAGCACCACUACACACACAGAGGUCCCUGACUACAUUCUGAAGGAGCGAUCGAUCUGGAUUGUGGUCACCGUCUUUUCUGCUUUUAUAAUCCUGCUUGUUACCUUCACCCUGGCCAUGAAGAGAAAAUAUGUGAAGCAUUGUCUUCUGCCUCCUGUUCCUGGUCCAAAGAUAUCAGGACUAGAUACACAACUCCUCAAGAGUGGGCGGUCCGAGGACAUUUUAAGCUCUCUGAUCAACCAGGGCUUUCCUCCCACCAUAGCCACUAAGGACCAGCAGGUGGACUAUCUGCUGGUGUUGGAUAGUGAACAGGUGACACCAGAUCAUCAGAAUGGACAAACAAGGACAAAGAACUCCAUAGAUCAUGGUUGCUAUGACCACAGCCUUUUGAUGGAGGCUAAUAAUAAGGAAGUUAAAGUUGGAGGCAGAGAGAUAGUGGAACAGGGUUAUUCUGAGGGGCUUAAAUCUACUUUUAGGAAGACCAAGAGCCUGUCCACUGACGUUACAUCUCUCCCAUGUCCUCAGAAGAAGCCAUUCAACAAUGUUACUGAAACGCCAAAGCAAGCACCUAUUUCCAGAAAGUAUCGAUCCUUAAGCCAUCAUAAAGAUCUCUGGGACAGCUUAGCCAGACAACAUCUAGAAUACAGAGAAACAGUGGUCAAGAGCCAAUCAAACUGUGAUGACAAACAUAAUUUGUCAUCACAGAAUAUUGUGACUCCCUCGAAGGCCAUUGGUUGUGUGGAGGUUCAGAGGUGGACAAAGAGCAUAGGCCUACAGGUGCUGGUACCUGAGAUGGAUAAGAGGCAGGAGGACUAUAGCAAAGUAAGUGUGGUGGAGAAUGAUAAUGUAUUGCUACUCAAGAGAGAAACGGUCCCCCUCAAUUGCACUUCCUGUAAGGUGAGAGGCAAUCAAUCAGAGAAAUGUCUCCAACGGAAGCCAUGUAAACCUAAUAUGACAGUGCCUGCAAAAGAGGGAGUGCAUGUAGGAUCUAAUGGUUAUGUGGAGCCUGUCACUAUAUCACACAUUUUAUAAAAUGUAAUUUUGUCUGAAAUGACUUUGCAAUGUAGCAAAAAAAAUUAAAUACUCAGUAUUGUGACAUUUUCACUGACAAGAGAAUUGACUAUCAUGUUCCUCAGGAUAUUGUUUUUGUAUGUACUGUAUACAGUGACUGGAUAAAUAUGGUAUUUUCUGAUUAAUGUAUUUCACCACAGGUUACACAAGAAAGCAUAACAAGCAAACUCACUUAACCAAAACUAUCCAUAUUCAAGAGUUAAGACAUUUGAUGAAUGUUGAAUAAGAUUUUAUAUUGUAAUUACUUAAAACAAGAAUAACUGAUUUGUUGUACAGCUUUGAUCAUUUUGAUUUGGGGGCAGUUUUACUGCAUUGACACUAGUCACAUUCAAAAUGAUGCAUCAGAAGGAAUAAAAUGUAAAAACAAUAUGUAAAUAAUAUACAUCACUUCAGAUCAUUAUUGAUCACUGAACCAUAAUUCAUUUAAUCUGUUAUAAAAGAGUACAUUUAACAAUAAAAAAAAUGCUAUUAAA